AGAUUAAGCGGCUUCCGGGCAGUAUGUACCAGCUGUAAACAUGGCGGAGGAUCUUUUGGAGGUAGUGGAGAAGUUGCAAUCAAGGCUCUCAGAGAAUCAAGAGCCGCGAAAGCUGCUGAAGACGCUCAAGAGGUUGGGGGAGCUGCCCAUUACUGUGGAAAUCCUUGUGGAAACAGGUGUUGGGAAGACUGUAAAUUCUCUGCGCAAACAUGACCUUGCAGGGGAGGCAGCAAAGACCCUUGUGGCCAAGUGGAAGAAGCUGGUACCCCAGUCUGCAGAAAGCAGACCCAGUAACACAAAAGAGGGACGCUCUCAGUCACGGACAGAUGAGACAAGAGGUUACAAACGCACCAGGGAGCCUUCACCAGAAGAUCCGCCAGCUGUAGAGGAAGAGGAUGAGGAAGAGUACCAGCAUGGGUACUCCCCCUCUCCCCCACAGCACUACAGCCCUGAGCACAGCCAUGAUGGGGCAAGGGGGUAUCAGUCAGAGGGAUAUGAGAGCCCAGCGGAGGAACUGGUGCCUAGUCCCCCACGAAAGGAGAUCCGACACAGCAAGAUUCACAGAGAGGCAGCCAGAGAGCACGGCUCUCACUCUGUCAGGGAGCAGGAGAGACACAAGCGACCCACGCAGUCUCUGAGUGGUGGGGGUGAGAUGCAGAUGCGUAGUGAUGACGGAGAACAGAAAGGGGGCUCCACACACACAUCAACCAAACACAGCCGCCACUCCACCCCACAUGAAAGUAAGAAAGAAAAGAAAGGAGUCAGUGAUGGCAGGCCUCGGGAAAGAAGGGACAGGCCAGAGCCAGUGCACAAUGAGGAUGAGGAACGCUAUGAGGCUCCCACUAUGUCUUUUGAAUCCUUUCUCACGUAUGAUGACCCUGCGCUAAGUCGGAAGAAGAAGAAACCUUCACGACCAUCUCAGCCUGUUACCCCUGCUCCUUCAGUGUCCUCUAAGUCCAGUAAGGCCAAUGGGACUCAGAGAAAACGACCUGAACCACACACUGUGCCAGAGAAACGCCGAAAGGUAGUUGAUGUGGUGCCCAUUUUACCUGAUAUCCCUUUGCCUGCCAUCCAGCCCAACUACAGACCACUGCCCUCAAUAGAUGUCACCCCACUGUCCCCACAGAGACGCAAAGUCCCCAUAUUGUGUGAUGAAGAGGAUGCUGGCUUCACAGGACGGCGUUUCAACUCAAAAAUGGUGGUGUACUCUGGCUCGAAGACCUCAUACUUGCCGAAGAUGAUGACCCUGUAUGAACAGUGCAUCAGAGUCCUACAGAACAAUAUUGACUCGAUUGAAGAGGUUGGUGGUGUGCCUUUUGAGAUUUUGGAGCCAGUUCUGGAGAGGUGUACUCCAGAACAGUUAUACCGCAUUGAGCAGUUUAACCAGUAUUUCAUAGAGGAGUCGGACGAUCUGUGGAUGCGGCACUGCCAGCGGGACUUCAAGCGUGAGGCUCCUCAGGAGUACGAGUCUUGGAGGGAGAUGUACUUACGCCUGCAUGAUGAGCGCGAGGAACGUCUGCGCAUGCUCACUCAGAACAUCAGCUCCGCCCACGCCAACAAGCCCAAAGGUCGUCAGGUGAAGAUGGCAUACGUGAAUACAGUAGCUAAGCCCCCUCGUGAUGUUCGGAGGAGACAGGAAAAGUUUGGAACUACAAGCAGCUCUACCAGCACCAGUGUUGGUGCUGCGGCCCCAGCUCCUGUCAAAAUCAGACCAUUAAUGUCACAUAGCUUCCAUGGUCAAUCAUCUGAUGGGGGCCAGGCUGCCUACAGCAGUGUUCCAGAAUCCUCUCGCCAUUCAGCUCCCAGCAGCAGUGCUGGCCACAGUGCCAGAGACAAACCCCAGGUCAAAAAAAUUGCCCCCAUGAUGGCUAAAACUAUCAAAGCAUUCAAGAACCGAUUUUCUCGGCGGUGAAGGAUAAAAAGAGACUGGUUUUGCUUUGUGAGAGAUAGAGAGCAAGACUAAAAGAGUCCAGAGUUUGUACUCAGUAAUGUAAUGCUUUGGCUCGCAGUACCCCUCUCCUCUUGUUUUUAUGCUUUUUAUUGUGUCCAUGCAGAUAACUUCAAGAAAAAACACACAGACUUGCCAUAGCAUGCGGUUGGUUUCCUCACUUUAAAAGGAAUUACACUGUACAAUAUGUUACACUACAGUAGGACAUUGGAUAUUAACGGUUAUAUUUUGGCAUAUAUUUUUAAUUACCUUUGCAAGCAAAGAAUUGCUUUUCAUAAUGACUUCCACAUUAAUGAGAUUGUAAGCAUUUGUUGCUUAUCAGUUUUAUUUAAUUCACAAUCUUGAAAAUGAUGUGUAUGACCAUGUGUUUGGGCAGCAAAUGAUGCACAUGAGAAAAGAGUGAGAGGGGGAGUCAGUCAGUGAUUAUGGCCCUACACCUCCAUCAACUAUUUAUUUUCAGUCCAUGGUCCUGGUUUCUCUUAACUUGGUCCUAAAUGGCAUAGGAUGAAAAAAAAAAGAAGUAAUUUUAAUAAAUUUUAAUAAAAUGCUA